CGCAGUUGUCUUCGCCCGCUUCCGGCUGGCGCUGCCUUGGAGGGGUUGAGGUCCGGGUGUUUUCGGUGUUGGUUACCUCCGCCGUAUCACCGAGUAAGUCUCCUGGAGUAUAGGUAAAAAGGUACAUAUGCACUUCAAAUGGAAAGGAACAUGUUCCCAAAUCACUCCAGCUUGGGUUGUCCAUCCUUCCCUCCAAAACAUCAACAACGGAGUAAUUUCUUCAAUAAGAUUCCUCUGAAUAUGCUACCCACUUUUGUCUCUCAGCAACAUCUUAUUGAGACUCAGUUUAAUUUUCAGAAUGCAGUGGCUGUUUUGAAUGGUAACCUUGCAAGUAGUCAAGAUGCUACACUGCAGCCAGUGGCUUAUGUAACUGGCAGUCCAGUACAUGUGUCUGAUGCCCCCAUGUCAUCCCGAGGAAGAAAGAGACUAAGUGAACAGAGUGUUCCGUAUAAUGUCAAGCGGCAUCGAUUGCAUUCACAUCAUUCUGAAACAGCUGUAGUUAACCAAGCAGUGCUUUUACCAGAAGAACGUAGAUACUGUUUUCCAGGAUCAGUUCAAUCUCCACUCUUUCAUGCACAUCACGUCCCAGAUUUAGCUGGAUGUGUACCUCGGAUUCGGUAUACUUUGUUUCCAGAACCUACAGAAACCACUCUCCCUGUGGCCAAAGAUAAGUUAAGUCAGCAGGUUUUGGAGUUAUUUCAAGCAUGUCAGCAACAGACCUGUGAUUUGCACAAAAAAGAGGUCUGCAGAACACAACUCCAGAGAGAAAUUCAGCGACUUUUUCCAAACAGCAGACUCUUUUUGGUUGGGUCCUCCCUGAACGGGUUUGGCACUCGUAGCAGUGAUGGUGACUUGUGCCUGGUGGUGAAGGAAGAACCAAUAAAUCAGAAGACCGAAGCAAGAAACAUACUCAGCUCAGUCCAGAAACUCUUCAGUACUAGCCUUUCAACUUACAUUGAGAGACCUCAGCUGAUUCGGGCAAAAGUGCCAAUAGUGAGGUUCAGGGAUAAAGUCAGCUGUGUAGAGUUUGACUUGAAUGUAAACAGUGUUGUGGGAAUAAGAAAUACAUUCCUUCUGAGAACCUAUGCAUACAUGGAAGAUCGAGUUCGUCCAUUAGUACUUGUUAUUAAGAAGUGGGCAAGUUUUCAUAACAUAAAUGAUGCCAGUCGUGGUACUUUAAGCAGCUAUAGUCUCGUGUUGAUGGUUUUGCACUAUUUACAGACACUUCCUGAACCUGUCCUUCCAUCUCUCCAAAAAAUUUACCCAGAAUCUUUUGAUCCUACUAUGCAGUUGCAUCAUAUUCAUGAGGCUCCACGUACCAUUCCUCCAUACACCUCAAAAAAUGGAUCAAGCCUUGGAGAAUUGCUAAUAGGCUUCUUCAAAUAUUAUGCCACUGAAUUUGAUUGGAGCAAUCAAGUGAUUUCAGUUCGUGAGGCCAAAGCUAUUCUCAGACCUGAUGAUAGUGAAUGGAGAAACAGAUUUAUUUGUAUAGAAGAGCCAUUUGAUAGGACAAACACUGCUAGAGCUGUACAUGAAAAACAGAAGUUUGAUUUAAUCAGAGGUCAAUUUCUGAAGUCUUGGCAUUUAUUACGAAACAAGAAAGACCUGAACUGUGUAUUACCUUUAAGAGCAGCCACACUGAAAAAAUAAACAACUUCUUUCUCUUUCUUCUUACUGGCUCCUGCUGAAAAAAUAUCAAAAUCAAGAGGCAGUUACCCCAUGGGUAGUUGUGUUAUAAUGUGUUUUUCCUUGUAAACUUCAAGAAAAUAUUUAUAGGAAAGAUUAUGUAUUUCAUUAUUGUUGAUACAGCUGGUCAUUAAAAGACACGUUUUCUGAAAA